GUCGAACUCGAGCUCUAUUCUGUAUAAUCGAGUCGAGCUUGUAUUAGGGAGCUGGACUCGAAUUCUCGAGCUCGAGUUGGGCAAGGUCGGGCUCGGCUCGUAUGCAGGCCUAAACUUCACUCAGAAUCCCUGCUAUUACUCUCUCUCUUGUAGUGGGUUUUUCUUCGAUCGUGCAUUUCUUCUUCCUCUGCUGCAUCAAAGAAUUCUAGGGCUACAUGGCAACCGUAAGAGAUUUGAAAAUUAAGACAAGUACUUGUAAGCGCCUUCUUAAGGAGCUUCACUCAUAUGAGAAAGAAGUUGAGAGGGAAGCUGCAAAAACAACUAACAUGAAGGAGAGUGGAGCUGAUCCUUAUGUUCUCAAACAACAGGAAAGUGUAUUAGCUGAGUCACGAAUGAUGAUACCUGAUUGUCGUAAACGCUUAGAGGCUUCACUGGCUGAUCUUCAAGGCAUAUUGGAAGAGUUCAAAGAAGAAAGCAAGGGAGGCGCAGAAAUUGAUGAAGCAGAGAAAGUUGUUGUGGAGAUUAAAACUUUGUUUCAGGGUUGAACAAGUUAAUGAGUAUUUUUCAUCCAACGUUUUUUGGUUGCCAGAUGCCCUGGUCCUUGUAAGCUUUUGAUUCUGGUACAAACUGCUUAACUGAUCUGGUUUUACUGCAGAAAGCAUCUGACUAUGAGGUGUUGUCUUUUCGGUA